AUGAUUGAUCAUAGGGAAGAGACAAUGCUAUCAGAAGUGAAUUCUGCUUACGACAAAAAUGAAUUGCACCAUGUCUCCUUACAAAGUGCCUGUGACUUUGCUCAGGAGCUUAUCACUAAUGGCACUGACUCUGAUAUCAUGAUUCAUGCAAAACCUCUGAUAGAAAGACUUGAAGUGAUGGGGAAAACACCAGGUACACCAGCGCAGAUAUCCUACAGUCCUGGUGAGAUAUCUGCUGCCGGACUGGAAGCCAUGUUAGGACAGGUGACGGUACAGUCACAACCUCCAUUAGCUGGUCAGGAAACAAACCCAAGAUUAGCGCUGCAUACUCCAGUUUUCUUAUGGAAGGCAAAGUGUGUCCAUUCAUUCAGUGCUAAGCUGAAAGAUGACAAAGGAAGAAUGUGCAUAACUGGAUUGGCCAUUGAUGAGCAAUAUACAUACGUUGUGGAUUCAUAUAGUCCUGACAAAAUGAGAGGGAAUGACAGAACAAAAGUAUUCACAAAUGAAGGUCAAUUUAAGUUUGACAUUAAACUAAAACGUCCAAUUGAUGUGGCUGUGUCACAGACUGGUCUCCUGUAUAUAACAUCACAGGGUGAGGGUAGUGUCGUAGUGCACACUACCGGCGGUCAGCCGGUGACAUCCAUGCUUAAGCUGAAGAGGUCAUGUAGUAUUACACUGACCAGACAAGGCCACGUGAUGGUUUGUGACGUAGAAAAAAUAUACUUCUUCACAUCCAACAGUGUACAGUUCCCGGUCAUUAUUUCACUCAGAAACAGUAAUUCCCAAAUGUACAAAAGAGCGUGUAGAAACCCAGAAUACAUCAGUGACAAAAGUUACAUCACAGAGAACAGUGUGAAUGAUAACAUUGUGAUAUCAAUUAAUGACCAACACUGUAUAUAUAUGUUGUCAUCUUCUCUUCAGCAGAAUGAUAAGUAUGACCGUAGUGCUUAUCAGCUGUACCAGUAUGGCGGCACACGAGGCAGUGGUGAUGGUGAGUUGGAUGGACCUUGUGGAGUGUGCACAGACAGCUAUGGUCACAUCUUCAUUGCUGACUGUAAUAACCACAGAAUAGUGGCACUGGAUGCUCAAGGAGAGUUUAUCAGAUACAUUGCCACUAAAAAUGAUGGGUUGGAGUGUCCGACAGCAUUAGCCAUCAACCCUGCUGGCCAGCUGGUGGUGGCAGAGGAACAUGGCAAAGUUAAGACAUUCCAGUACUUACAGUAA